AUGGCAGCAGCAGCACCUGGGGGCGACCCGCCCCUGUCUGUACACCGCAACGCCAACCUCCCUGGGACGUUAGCAGCACCAGCCACUGCUGCAGCAGAUGAGCCUUGUCAGUCUUUGCCUGUCUUUGCAUCCGGGGAUGCACAGCUGGAGCAGCGGUUGCUGCAGACGUUUGCUGCGCUCAGAAUACCAAGGGAUCCACCUGCUGCUGCUGCUGCUGCAGGUGGUGCUGCUGACAGUGGAGACACGGAGCACCAGCACAUGAGAGCUGUUGCUGUUCCGCCUGCUGAGGAGCAGCAGCCACCUGCUACAAGGCAGACCCCUACAAGGCAGACCCCUACAAGACAGACCCCUGCAGCAGCUGCUGCUGCCUCUGCAGAUUUGGCUGCAGGUUCAGUAGAAACUGGUACAGCAAGAGGAGCAGAAGCAUCUACCGUUGCUAGCAGCAGCAGCAGCCCGACAACUCCGACCGUUGACAGUCCACACCCAGCGAGCCAAACUUCAGCAGCAGCAGCAGAAACACAGGCAGCAUCAGCAACAGCAGAAGUAGCAGCAGGGGCGUCUGACGCUGCUGCAGCACCACGUGGGCGUGGGGCGGAGGAGCAGCGAGUGGUGCUGCUGGAGCGACCCGCUGCAGCUCGAGGGGAGUCCCCUGGGGCUUGCAGUGAGGCUACUGACAGCACGCGGUGUACAGACGCCGCAGAUGUUGUGCGGCCUCCAUCAUUUGGAUCGUGGAGAUAUUAUUCUUUAGCAGAUGUUUCUGACGAAGCAAUGAGUGCUGCAGGCAUGCAACGGGCCUGCCAGCUCAUGCUGCAGCAGCUGAGACGUGCUGCUGCUGCUGCUGCAGGGACACCCUCCCCAGAUGCUGCUAUUACGGGUCCUGCUGCUCCUGCAUCUUCUGCACAAGCAGCAGCAACAGCAGCAGCAGAAACAGAGCCCGAAGACCCGCGACUGGCAGGCGAGACAUUUGUCUUCGUUCUAAGGGCUUCCUCAGAUGCCUCUGGCGUUUGCGGGGAGGAGGCAGACACUCCAAACCCCAAACCCUUACCUGUCUCCUCUCUCUGA